AUGGCAUCGUCCUCGGACGCAGUCCUAACUCUCACCUCGACGAGCAUAUGCGCCCUCCUCAUCGUCGCCCGCUGCAUUUACCGCGUUGUAGUCAGAUGCAACAUCCACAGCACAUGCCAUCGUCGCUGGCGCAUCGACGACUUUUACAUGACCGUUGCCAUACUACCGCUCAUCGGACGUGCGCUUUGUAUUCUCUAUUCGUUUCUGCUCAAUCCGAAUCAUACGUACGAGCCUUCCACGAGCGAUGCGGUUAAUGCCGAGAGGGAACUUUCGCACAAGUUGCUGAUACCCGCGAGAAUAUUCUACGCUUUGUUUUUGUGGUGCUUGAAGCUUGGGCUUUUGGCCUUCUAUUCACGCUUCAUUGAUGUCUUUCGCUGGGGAAAGAUUGUCACGGAUGCGCUUUGGUGGUUCAUCGUAGCCACGUUCAUCGCAGUAUUUAUAACCAUCCUGGCAGAAUGUCGCCCAAUAUCACUAAUGUGGGCGCUCAAUCACGACGAUAGCAAAGUAGCAUGCAACCGCGCGGUCGGAAAUCUGAUCCUAAUGGCAGUCUGCAAUAUCGUUCUCAACGUCGCAUUAAUUAUCCUUCCUUUUCCGAUGCUGCGACAUCUUAGACUUGAUUUGAAGGAGAAAUUACAAUUGGGAUUUUUGUUUAGUGUGGGCGCUGUGCUUGUCGCUAUUACGAUCCUCCGGCUGCCUCUUAUUCUCAACGAAUCCGUGUCGCAAAGAUCACGAUCAAUGUGGGCUUCAAUUGAGAUUCUAUGCGCAUGCAUCGUCGCCAACACACCUUUCUUCUACGCUCUUCUCAAAGAUCUACAACGACAACACGACGAUCGACCCGAACGAUCACCGUCCAAUGCCACGAACCCAAGCGACUUUUACGAUCUACAAAGUCUGCCGUCGUCGGCAGGCGCGCCAAUACAAAUGCCGAUACCGUCUUUAAUAUCACCGGAUACGUCGAAGGGAACGGUUAAAUACUGCGAGAACGUAUAA